AUGGCGUCUGAAGGCAUUCUCCUCGGCAUGGGUAACCCACUCCUUGACAUCUCCGCCGUCGUCGACGAUGACUUCUUGCAAAAAUAUGACAUCACCUUGAACAAUGCAAUUCUCGCGGAGGACAAGCACAAAUCCAUGUAUGAAGAAAUGGCUGCAAAAUAUAAUGUGGAGUACAUUGCUGGAGGUGCUACUCAGAAUUCAAUCAGGGUUGCACAGUGGAUGCUUCAAGUGCCUGGUGCAACGAGUUACAUCGGUUCUAUAGGAAAGGAUAAGUUUGGGGAAGAGAUGAACAAGAACUCAAAACUUGCUGGUGUAAAUGUUCAUUAUUAUGAAGAUGAAACUACACCUACCGGAACUUGUGCUGUUUGUGUAGUUGGUGGUGAAAGGUCUCUUGUUGCCAAUUUAUCAGCGGCAAAUUGCUACAAGUCUGAGCAUUUGAAGAGACCAGAAAAUUGGGCAUUAGUGGAAAAGGCCAAGUAUUUCUAUAUUGCUGGCUUUUUCCUCACUGUAUCACCUGAGUCCAUCCAAUUAGUUGCUGAACAUGCUGCUGCAAACAACAAAAUCUUUAUGAUGAACCUUUCUGCCCCAUUUAUCUGUGAGUUCUUCAGGGAUGUACAGGAGAAAGCUAUGUCGUAUAUGGACUUUGUUUUUGGAAAUGAGACAGAAGCAAGAACAUUUUCUAAAGUUCAUGGCUGGGAGACUGAUAAUGUUGAGAAGAUAGCUCUAAAGAUUUCGCAGUGGCAAAAGGCAUCGGGAACACACAAAAGGAUAACUGUUAUCACACAGGGUGCGGAUCCUGUUUGUGUUGCUGAGGAUGGGAAGGUGAAAAAGUUCCCUGUGAUACUGUUUCCUAAAGAGAAACUAAUUGAUACAAACGGAGCAGGAGAUGCAUUUGUUGGAGGAUUUCUUUCACAAUUGGUUCAGGAGAAGCCCAUUGAAGAAUGUGUGAGAGCUGGCUGUUAUGCAGCAAACGUUAUCAUCCAAAGGUCUAGCUGCACGUACCCAGAGAAGCCUGAUUUUCAUUGA